CUUUGUGCGCAGUUGUUUUUUGGGCCCGGGUUGCAUGAGGGUGGGACAUUGGAUGACUUUGUCGCUGUAGCAGUCUUGCUGAAUAGUUAGUCCGAUUCAUUUAGAUAGGCAGCUACUUUUUAGAGCAAUGGAAGCCCUUAUACCCGUCAUAAAUAAAUUACAAGAUGUGUUUAAUACAGUCGGUGCCGAUAUUAUCCAGCUACCACAAAUUGCUGUUGUUGGAACACAGAGCAGUGGGAAGAGUUCGGUGUUAGAGAGCCUGGUUGGCAGAGAUCUCUUGCCUCGUGGCACAGGCAUCGUCACCAGGCGGCCCUUAAUCCUCCAGCUGGUUCACGUAGACCCAGAGGAUCGGCGGAAGAGCAACGAGGAAAACGACUCGAAUACCUGGAAAAAUGGGCGCCUUUAUAAAGGCAUUGAUGGAGAGGAAUGGGGGAAGUUUUUACAUACGAAAAACAAGAUCUACACAGACUUUGAUGAAAUCAGGCAAGAGAUUGUUGCUGAAACCGAAAGAGUAUCUGGCAGUAACAAGGGAAUCAGCGAUGAGCCCAUUCACCUGAAAAUCUUCUCACCUCAUGUUGUCAACCUCACAUUGGUGGAUCUGCCAGGCAUCACAAAGGUACCAGUGGGAGACCAGCCCAAAGACAUCGAGCUGCAGAUCAGAGAGCUGAUCCUGAAGCACAUCUCCAACCCCAACUCCAUCAUCCUGGCUGUGACCGCAGCCAACACAGACAUGGCCACCUCUGAGGCGCUCAAAGUGGCACGAGAUGUCGACCCAGACGGCAGAAGGACAUUGGCUGUGGUCACCAAGCUGGACCUCAUGGAUGCUGGUACUGAUGCUAUGGACGUGCUGAUGGGCAGGGUCAUCCCUGUCAAACUGGGCCUUAUUGGAGUAGUGAGCAGGAGCCAGCUAGAUAUCAACAAUAAGAAACAAGUAUCAGACGCCAUUCGUGAUGAAUAUGCCUUCCUACAGAAGAAGUACCCCUCACUCGCCAACAGAAACGGAACCAAAUACCUAGCCAGAACACUGAACAGGCUGCUGAUGCACCACAUCAGAGACUGCCUUCCCGAGCUGAAGACGCGUAUCAACGUGCUGGCUGCCCAGUACCAGUCCCUCCUUAGCAGCUACGGUGAGCCCGUAGACGACAAAAGCUCAACGCUGCUCCAGCUCAUUACUAAGUUUGCCGCAGAGUACUGCCACACCAUAGAGGGCACGGCCAAGUACAUUGAGACAGCUGAACUUUGUGGCGGCGCACGAAUCUGUUAUAUAUUCCAUGAGACAUUUGGUCGCACACUGGAGUCUGUGGAUCCACUGGGGGGUCUGACGACUAUAGAUGUUCUCACAGCUAUCAGAAAUGCCACGGGCCCGCGGCCUGCCCUGUUUGUGCCUGAGGUGUCAUUUGAGCUGCUGGUUAAGAGGCAGGUGAAGCGCCUGGAGGAGCCCAGCCUGCGCUGUGUGGAGCUGGUCCACGAGGAGAUGCAGAGAAUCAUCCAGCACUGCAGCAACUACAGCACACAGGAGCUGUUGAGGUUUCCCAAGCUCCAUGACGCCAUUGUAGAAGUGGUCACCUCCCUCCUCAGGAAAAGACUACCAGUCACCAAUGAGAUGGUCCACAACCUGGUUGCCAUUGAGCUGGCCUACAUCAAUACUAAGCACCCUGACUUUGCUGAUGCCUGUGGCCUCAUGAACAACAACAUAGAGGAGCAGAGACGCAACAGGAUGAGAGAGCUGCCCUCCUCCGUCCCCAGAGAUAAGUCCCUUAAAGGCCCAGGUGGGCAGACUCUCUCCCCCACUGAGCUUGUCACCAAUGAGGGCGAGGGACCCAAGGGUGCAGGGGGGGUGCAGGGAGACCAGGGAGAUGGCGGGACUGGCAACUGGAGAGGCAUGCUGAAGAAGGGAGAGGAUGGCAUGUCUGACCGAAGCCAGUCUCAGUCCUCCCUGCAAGGCAGCCCUCUGAGGGGCCACGCUGUCAACCUGCUAGAUGUGCCUGUCCCAGUGUCUAGGAAGCUGUCAGCCCGAGAGCAACGGGACUGUGAGGUCAUAGAGAGGCUCAUCAAGUCGUACUUCCUCAUUGUAAGGAAAAACAUCCAGGACAGUGUACCUAAGGCAGUGAUGCACUUCUUGGUGAACCACGUGAAGGACAGCCUGCAGAGUGAGCUGGUGGGUCAGCUGUACAAGGCAGGCCUUCUGGAUGACCUUCUCACAGAGUCCGAGGACAUGGCCCAGCGCCGCAGCGAGGCAGCAGACAUGCUCAAGGCAUUGCAAAAAGCCAGCCAGGUGAUCGCAGAGAUCAGAGAAACUCACCUGUGGUGAGAGGAGGCUUGGGUCUCGACCUCCAAUCAUCUCCCUCCUACAUGGACUCACCCCCUCGCCAAGCCCUUCAUCCCUGUUCUGUCUCAGACACCCUGGACAGCAGAGACAGCCAACUUGAAAAUGCACUCGUAUUAUAUAGUUUUCAUGUACUACAUGGACUUCACCUGCAUUUGAAGGGUAGUGCAUAUCAGUCGACGCCUCUACCACUUACAGUGAUAUAUACACACACACAGGCUCCUGUUGUAGAUGCUAAAUCUUUGAUAAUGUAUUCAGUAAAUAGACUGCUACAAACGACUCAACGCAGUGUGAAUGUAGAGCUUACAGAGGAAUGUUUGUCUCUAAAUGUAGAUAGAAAUUAAAACUAGAAAUGAAAAACCUA